AGAAGAAUGUAAUUAAAUUUUAUUUCGAAGGUUAUGAAAUAAUUAAAUAAAGGCUGCGUACUUUUUAACAACUGUAAUGCUUUUAAAGCUUCCGUUGUUCAUAAUACGCGUUAAAUAAAGUAUUGACAUACUUACGGUGUUUAAGAAAUUGUUUAUAGAAAAUAUUUCUAUAACAAAAUUUGAUACACUUAUUGUAACAAAAGUAACCAACUGGCAUGUCUAUGAAAAUUUUUAAAUCACAUUUCAAUUUUAAAGUAUUCUUAUAACAAUGUUAAAGUGUGAAAAUUAAUGUUAUUACAUUCAAAUUAUUAGAAAAUAAUUUAUAUGAAGGUAAAGUAAUAAAAUGGUGAACGAAGAAACGGUGGAGUUUAGUAAGAAGUCUCAACCGAUUUUUAAAAAUCCAGUUUUCCAACAAAAAUUUCGAUCCACUAGUACCACUGGAAAGAAACGUACUUGGCGUUCUUUGAAGCAAGUCUUGGCUCAAGAGCGUAUUCUACCGUGGCCGGCAGAAGUAGUGCAUUACAGCUCUAUUAAUGCACCGCCAAGCUUCAGGCCAGCAAAAAAAUACUCGGAUAUUUCUGGUCUACCCGCACGGUACACAGAUCCACAGACUAAAUUAUAUUAUGCAACUGCAGAAGAAUUUGCAACAGUUCGAAGUUUGCCAAUGGAUAUAACUGCUGGAUAUCUGGCGUUACGCGGCGCUUCCAGUAUUGUUGGAUGAACAGUGUGAUAAUUUUCUGUUAUUUUCUUAUGUUCUUACAUUUAAUUUAAAUGGUACAGGGCACUGACAUUUUUCUUUGUAAUCGUUACUAUUAUUACUUAUAAAAUACUGAACUAAGUAUAAUUCUGAAAAUUGUUCAUGAUCGCGUAGUAAGUAUAAAGAAAAAUAUAUUAAGUUUAUAGAAACAGAGUAAAGUUGUUUGCAUUUGUAUUAUCGAUAUAAGUUCUUUUUAUACGUACAUUGCUUGUUCUAAGUCUUUUAUUUUUUGUAACGGGUAUUUCCUGAAAUAAACAAUUCCACAAAUAAUUUAAUUUCUUUUUCAUUAUUUUUAUCUCCUUCAUAUUAUACACAAGUAAUCAUUAUUAAAAAAGCUUGUCCAUUAUAACUUAUUACAUGAACUACUGAGUAAAGAAGGAUUGGAGAAUCUUUAAAAAGUAUGUUACUGUUUUUUCUCAUGAUCACUGUAUUCUUUUAUGUCGACAGUAUUGCGUGCACCUUACUUUCCUGUUGCUACUGCAAUAUGGGCCAUUAGCAAAUUUGCAAAACUUAUUUGCAAUUCAAAAUACAAACAGCAUGGCCUAUUGAAAUAUUGCCUGGUGGUGCACUAUUCUUAGGUCGCCAUUUGUUUUUUUACUUUUAACUUUUUAAUGAGGAUUAUUUUUAAGUGGUUUCAAAAUUUGUUCAAUCAACCAGAUCAGGUAAAUCAUCAUCAUCGCUGUCCAUUCCUUCUCCUUCGUCUCCCAAAUCAU